AUGCAUGACGAAGACUGUCAGUUGCCGAGCCUGGAUUGGCUCACGGAUUCUGUGAAACGCCGCUCGCCAACCUUGUGCAUUACUGAUCCAAUCGCAUCCAAUUUAUUGGUACACAUCAAACGACCCAAAGCACAAAGUGCCGCUCAACAGCCGGCGAAGCGCUUUCAAAAGAAUGCUCUACGGAAUGUGGACUUCUCGAAGGAACCUGUGAAACCACCGUAUAGCUACGCAGAGCUGAUCACGUUAGCAAUGCGCCAUCAUGAACAACGUAAAGUGUUGCUGAGCGACAUCUAUGAUUACGUGAAGAAAAAUUUUGCGUGGUACCGACGAACAGACAUCACUUGGCAGAACUCAAUAAGGCACAAUCUUUCGCUCAACAAGCAGUUCAUUAAGCUGCCUCGUAAGGAUGGCGAAAAAGGAAAGGGGUCCUACUGGAUGCUUGAUCUCAGCGCAGUGGAUUCGACGAGCUUAAAAGUCCGGAAAAGUGGCUCUUCAAAUAGCAAGAUGAAAGUUCUGGAGAAUGGUUGCAAACCAACGCUUAAUCCAGCCGUUUUAUCAUUCCUGAAAAAGCAAAACAACACCCAAAGUUAG